CGGUGCAUCCCGCCGGCGCCUGAGGCUGAGCUCCUCCCUGACCCGAGGCUGUGGCGGGAGCUGGGGGGAGCUCCUGCCUCUCCUUCUUUCCCCUGUUUUCCGCACCCCGGGACCAUGGCCGCGCUGGCGGGUGAAGAGGCCUGGAGGUGUCGGGGCUGUGGGGAUCAUGUCACUCCAAGCCAGAGACUGUAUAGGACUGUCAACGUAGCCUGGCACAGCUCCUGCUUCCGGUGUUCGGAAUGCCAGGAUUCCCUCACCAACUGGUACUAUGAGAAAGAUGGGAAACUCUACUGCCAAGACUACUGGGGGAAAUUUGGGGAGUUCUGCCACGGGUGCUCCCUGCUGAUGACAGGACCUGUCAUGGUGGCUGGGGAGUUUAAAUACCACCCAGAGUGCUUUGCCUGUAUGAGCUGCAAGGUGAUCAUUGAGGACGGAGAUGCCUACGCCCUGGUACAGCACGCUACUCUCUACUGUGGGAAGUGCCACAAUGAGGUGGUCCUGGCACCCAUGUUUGAGAGGCUGUCCACAGAGUCUGUUCAGGACCAGCUACCCUACUCUGUCACCCUCAUCUCCAUGCCAGCCACCACCGAGGGCAGGCGAGGCUUCUCUGUGUCUGUGGAGAGUGCCUGCUCCAACUAUGCCACCACUGUGCAAGUGAAAGAAGUAAACCGGAUGCACAUUAGUGCUAACAACCGCAAUGCCAUCCAUCCUGGGGACCGCAUUCUGGAGAUUAACGGGACCCCCGUCCGCACACUCCGAGUGGAGGAGGUGGAGGAAGCGAUCAGCCAGACGAGCCAGACGCUACAGCUGUUGAUUGAACAUGACCCCGUCACCCAACGCCUGGACCAUCUGCGGCUAGGUGCCCAGCUUUCUGCCCACAUGCAGAAUGCUGGGCAGUCCCACACCCUCAGCCCUCUGGACACCAAGGAGAAUCUGGAAGGAACGCUAAGGAGACGCUCCCUGAGACGCAGUAACAGCAUCUCCAGAUCACCUGGCCCCAGCUCCCCCAAGGAGCCCUUGCUGCUCAGCCGUGAUAUCAGCCGCUCUGAAUCCCUCCGCUGCCCCAGCAGCUACUCACAGCAGAUCUUCCGGCCAUGUGACCUGAUCCACGGAGAGGUCCUGGGGAAGGGCUUCUUUGGGCAGGCCAUCAAGGUGACACACAAAGCCACGGGUAAAGUGAUGGUCAUGAAGGAGUUAAUUCGAUGUGAUGAGGAGACACAGAAGACUUUUCUGACUGAGGUGAAAGUGAUGCGCAGCCUUGACCACCCCAAUGUGCUCAAGUUCAUUGGCGUCCUGUACAAGGACAAGAGGCUGAACCUGCUGACAGAGUACAUUGAAGGGGGCACGCUGAAGGACUUCCUACGCAGCGUGGACCGGUUCCCCUGGCAACAGAAGGUCAGGUUCGCGAAAGGCAUCGCCUCUGGAAUGGCCUAUUUGCACUCCAUGUGCAUCAUCCAUCGGGAUCUGAACUCACACAACUGUCUCAUCAAGCUGGACAAGACUGUGGUGGUGGCAGACUUUGGACUGUCACGUCUCAUCGUAGAAGAGAGGAAAAGGUCCCCAGUGGAGAAGGCCAGCACGAAGAAACGCACCUUGCGCAAGAAUGACCGCAAGAAGCGUUACACAGUGGUGGGGAACCCCUACUGGAUGGCCCCUGAGAUGCUCAACGGAAAAAGCUACGAUGAGACAGUGGACGUCUUCUCCUUCGGGAUCGUUCUCUGUGAGAUCAUUGGGCAGGUGUACGCGGAUCCCGACUGCCUGCCCCGCACACUGGACUUUGGCCUCAACGUGAAGCUUUUCUGGGAGAAGUUUGUCCCCACAGACUGUCCCCCAGCCUUCUUCCCCCUCGCUGCGAUCUGCUGCAAACUGGAGCCUGAGAGCAGACCAACAUUCUCAAAACUGGAGGACUCCUUUGAGGCCCUCUCACUGUACCUGGGAGAGCUGGGCAUCCCGCUGCCUGCAGAGCUAGAGGAGCUGGACCACACUGUAAGCGUGCAGUACGGCCUGACGCGGGACUCGCCCCCCUAGCCCCGGUGCAGCCCCCUGCAGGGGGGCGUUCUACAGCCAGCACUGCCCCCUCUGCGCCCCACCCCUGCUGUGAGCAGGGCUCAUCCAGGCUUCCUGUGGAUUGACGGCUUGUGUAGAAGCAGAACGAGCCAUCCUUACUACCUCCCGGGGGGCACGCGGGCGCAGCAUCUGGAAAACCUAUCUCCCCAGGUCUGGGAGCCUGGUUACUGUCUGUAAAUGCAACACUGUGAAGAAGAGGAAAACACGCUGGAGUCUGGGCCAGGAGGAAUCUGCUACUCACACCUACCUGGGACCUCCCUGGCAGGGGGCUCCCAGAAGGCUCUGGCUCACACUAAUCAACGUGACCUGGGCCUGCUGGGCAGGAUCCCAGGGUGAACCUGCCUACAGGUACCUGAAGUGCUCUGGUUCAGCUGUGUGCAGGAGGACCUGGGAAGGUGGACUGAUGGCCAGGUGGCACUGAAGGGUGUAAAGUGACAGUGGUACUCCCCCCAUCUACUCCAGGCCCUGCCCUCCCUGGAGCAGAGGGUGAGGGAGUAGGUUUUGAAGAGUCCCUUAGUCAGUGUGUUCUGGAGCUGGCCAGCAGUCAGGGAAACAGCCAUUUUCUGUUCACCUGCCGGGGGAUGGCUCUAGCUAUCCCAGGGACCACAUCAUGUGGGAAGAAGAAGUUUCUGCCUCUUGAUCUCAAACUGCUACUUGGAGACUGCCCAAGAACUUCUGGACAACAUCAUCUCUGUCUUAACAAGCAGUCACCCACAGGCACAGGAAGCUGGGGCUGGAAAGAAAGAGGCCCUGCCCUCUAAAAAUCUCAUAUCCGGGUUGCCAUCACUCUUGCCCUAGUUGGCUCAGUCAAAAGCCUGAAACACUGCCUACAGCUAGAUGUGUUCUGGAAGGCAGCGUGGCUCGUGACAGGCCUGGCUCUAAGGCAGGGAAGGGAUGUCUCAGCGAUCUCCAGGCCUCCUCAUGGCACCCACUGCUAGUCCUCCAACACACCUGCUCCAGGCAGCAGCUUGGAUUGGGAAGAGGUGGUGACAGUCCAGAGCUGAGACGGAUGCUGAGAGAGACAGCUCCCUGAGCUGGGCCAUCUGGCUACUACCUCCCUUGUUAGCUGGUCCAGCUCCUCGCUCCUGGCUACGGCCCUCUGAGCCACACACUAGGGCAUGGGCAUUGGGAAACUUGGGGUGCCUUCCACCUUGGCUCCCAGACCUCCAGGGACUGUACAGCACGCCUAGACUUACCUAUGUGUCUGUGAGCUUGCAUCAUAUUUAACAAAUCGGGGACGGGUUUGGGGUAUAAAUUGAACGUGUGGUGGCUGGAUGGCGGGAGGUGGGGGGGAGAUCCAGGAGCGUGGUUGUCAAUCUCGUUCUCUGUUGGGUGGUGUGUGAAAUAUUGUACAUAGACUGGAUGAACUGUGGAGUGGGAUGUCGUCUCUGGGCAGAGUUCUUGCUAUCUAUGUAGGCUGUACUGACAUGCGGAGUGUGCA